AUGGAGCUGUUAUUUGGUCGCAAAAAAACGCCGGCAGAGCUAUUGCGGCAACAUCAACGUGCACUUCAAAAAGCACAACGUGAAAUGGAUCGUGAAAAGGCAAAACUGGAUCUUGCUGAAAAAAAAUUAAUUGCCGACAUAAAAAAGUCUGCUAAAGCAAAUCAAGUGCGUAAUACCUUACAAAAAUUUUCUUAUUAUGAUCUUGUCAGAACUCGUCGUUACUCCCAAAAAUUCCAAGCAAUGAAAACACAACUUCAAGCUGUUUCAUUACGAAUUCAGACUCUUCGAUCAAAUCAGCAAAUGUCUGAAGCUAUGAAAGGAGCAACCAAAGCCAUGAAAUCAAUGAAUCGACAAAUGAAUUUGCCAGCAAUGCAGAAAAUCAUGAUGGAAUUCGAAAAAGAAUCUGAAAUAAUGGACAUGAAAGAGGAAAUGAUGAACGACGUCAUUGAUGACACCAUGGCUGAAGAGGAAGACGAGGAAGAAAGUGAUAUGAUCGUGAAUCAAGUCUUGGAUGAGAUUGGGAUCUCUCUGGAUCAGUCGCUGGUUGAUACUCCUAGUUCAAUUGAGAGAGAGACCACUAAAGAAAAGGUUCCGCAAAUCGUAAAUAUGGAAUCAAAUGACGAUGCAGCCUUACAAGCUAGACUUGAUAAUUUGCGGAGAGAAUAA